AUGAAGUUUUCCUUCACCGUAUGGUUGCCUGGGGUAACAAGGUACCACGGCUUUAACCUGGUGGACGAGAAGGAACGGAGGGUUUUUAGUCAGAAAAAGUCUGACACUCCCUCUCGCCAUACCAUGGGUUUCGUCGAGUUGCGCUGCGGGUGUAAGUACUUCGAUCUGGAGCAGGACGAGGAACGGAGCAGUUUUAAGUCAUUCAUAGUUACAACGUUACAAGUAGAUCACUGGAAUGAGACUUCUCGACAGACCCAAGCUCGCCAAGCCAUUGAUGCCGAGCGUCACGCGGCUCAAAGAGCUGCUGAGACCUCUCAACAGUCCCAACCUCGCCAAAUCAUUGAUGCCGAGCGUCACGCGGAUCAAAGAGCUGCUGCUGCUGAGACUUCUCAACACACCCAAGCUCGCCAAAUCUUAGAUGCUGAGCAUCAAGCUUCGUACAUAGCCGCAGAGACCUCCGAAGAAACACGUAGACGACGUUUAAUUAAUGCCGAGCGGCAAAGGAGACGUACGUUUACGAUGAAUACGUGGGAGGCAUUUGCCGAUGCUGCUUUUGAUUAUGAUCUGUUACUUGAUUUCUUUAAUCAUCGAUUAGUCCUCAUAGGAAGAAUGGCCAAUAAAUGCAGACACUGUGAGGCACUCAAGUGGAAGGAAGAGACCCUAGGUAUGUGCUGUCCUGGAGGCAAAGUAUCAGUACCAACGCUUGGUGACCCCGAGGAGCAACGACAGAAGAAAGGACAGCAAUGA